UGUCAAAUUCAAGAAAAAACCGAAAAGCUUGUGGUGCGUCUUUCGCGGAAAAAUUGUGUCGUGUUUUUUCGCGAAAAUUCAGUGAAAAUCGUCAAAUAAUCGGUUAAAAACUAUCAAAAAACGGUGCGGAAAGCCACAAUUCUUCGAAAAUGAGUGAAGCAACACCGGACGAUAUGUGGACUCCGUUCAAGCACCUCUUCAACAGCAUCGAGUCGUUCCUGUCGGCGCCUUCCGGCGGGGGCGGUGGCGGCGGUCAACAGCAGGAACAGAACGUCGCCAGUUUGGAUGCGCUGCUGCGGAAGCACAAGCAGAACUUUACCACUUUGUUGAGAAAUCCGCCGAAGAACGUCAAAAGCCGGGAGGCGAUUCGGGUGGGCAUUACGGAGGGCAUAACGCUGCCGGAGUUUGGGCACACGAUCCUUUCGAAGGAUCUGGUGGACGAGAGCGUGAUUAUUUCGGAUAUGUACGAUUUGAAUGAGUACAUUGCGUUGGAAUUGCUUUGUACGGCCCAGCAGCAGAUGCCGAAUCACCCGGGGUUGCCGCGGGGGUUGGUGGCGGUGCUGUUGUACUACGAUGGGAGGAAGUCUUUGGUGGCGAGUUUGAAGGAGUUGUUCCAAGCCAGGGCAGGGGUCAGUUGGUGCACGGAUGCGCCACAUGAGAUAACGCAGCUGAUAACGGCGUACACGGAUGGGUUGGUGGCCGAUGGAGUGUUGGAUAAGAUUGUGGAUUUGCUGGGGGAGUUGGACGUGACCAAGGAGCUGGACGUGUUGACGACGAAUCGGGCUCUGGGUCCGCCGAAGCACCAUCGACAGGUGCUGGAUCUUUUUGAGGAGAUCCGGGUGCUGCUGGCGACGUGUCUGUUCAAUUGGGCGGCGCAAUGCGGGCUGCCCCGGGGAACGACGGUGAAGCUGAUUCGGUUCCUAGCCAGGUACAAGUCGACGGUCUCCAGCGGAGGAAUUGACAAUGUGACGCUGGCGCUGCAGAUGGCGCUGAUGUACGGAAUGGAUAUGAGUGUGAUCCAGAGGCGGGAAGAUGGAGAGGAGGUCGUGAAGAGGCUUCCGAUGGUCCGAGAUCCGGAGUUUAUCGAGACGGUCAUGGAUGCGAUUUCGUCGAGCUGGGAGUGCGAAGGACUCCGAUCUGUGUCGCUGUUCACGUUCGGAUUGGCCAUCGCAACGCUGCGAUUGGCCCCGCAGAAUCUGUAUUCCAACACGGCGAAGAUCAUCGACCAGGACGAGCUGCUGGUGGACGCCGCGAUCCAAGGAAGGGUCUUCGAUUUCAUCCAUUACACGCUGCUGGAGAACGAGGUGAUCUUCCGGACGGAAUUCUACUACCGGAGGAUGCACGUCCUGUUCACGGACUUCAUCGAGCUGAUGCACUCGAAGGUUACGGAACUGAGAGCCCGAGCGGACGAAACUGCCAGAACCGUUCAGGCCUUCCAGCAGCAAGGUCUGGAUCCUCCCGCCAAUUUGUGCCGGAACUUUGAAGCCUUACUGUUCUCGGUGGGCAAGCUCUACCAGAACGAUCAAAUGCGACUGAAUCUAUCGCUGGAAUACUGGGGACCGAUGGAAGUGGCCGCCAACUACCAACGUGCUUCCUCCCGAUCGGUUUGCCUGUUCAAAUUCAUCCGUCUGGCUGGAGAAUUGCUUCCUCCCAUUCUGUUCAUUCCGUAUCUGAAAAUGCUGGCCGGACUGUCCAGCUGUCCUCAGUCCGCCAGGAACGCUUUCAACUUACUGAAACAAGGCGGCGGAGCAUCCGGAUCGAUGGCCACCAUCUCCUGGGACCACUUCUUCAACUCCCUGUUCCGCUAUUACCAGAACCUUCGCCAGGAGCAGAACCCCGGAAGUGAAACCGUCUACCGGAAUCGCGCCCUCAGCCGCAACAUCAACCCUCAGGAAAUCGCCGGCCUUCAAGCCGUCCUCCAGGUCAUCCGAGCCGUGGCCACCCACGACGAAGUGGCCCGAGUCGCCCUCUGCGAACACCCCAACUGGGCUCCCCUCCACGUACUCCUUGGCCUCAUAAGCUGCUCGGUCACCAUCUCCCUCAAAGCGGAACUCGUCCAAACACUGGCCGCCCUCGGUAAAAGCAAAGAAACCGCCCUCCAACUGUGGAACAACCUCGAGGCAUCCCAGGUCAUCACCACCAUCCCCACGACCAGCACCUUCGCCAACCGGGGCAUCGAAUCCGAACUGGAAGAAAUCGAAUCCCGCAACGAGACCUAUCCCCUCACCCUCGGAAUGCUCGACCUCCUCUACACCCUCUGCGAAACGGCCAUCCCUCGCGGCCUCGGCGCCGGACCCCGCAAACCCGGCCUCGACCCCUACGUCACCUUCAUCAUCGACGCCGUCUUCCUGCGCUUCUACAACCGAAACUACAAGAACCCCUCAGAAAAAUGGCAAAUCGCCGAAAAGUGCCUCCUCCUGCUCAACGCCUUCGUCCAGCGCUACUCCCCCACCCCAGCCGACUUCCCAUCCCCCACCCAGAACCGCGAGGAAAACUCCCCGCCCGGAUUCCACAUCCUGCUCCAAGUCAACACCAAAUCCGAUUUCCUCCGCCUGCUCCUCCACAUCAUCGACGAAGCCUGCACCCUGUUCGACUCCUAUGCCCCCUUCCCCGGUCGCAAACACCUCGAAUCCACCUGCCUCCUCGCGCUCCAAAUCAUCGAGCGCGCCCUCGAAACCCAAGAGGACUUCUUCAACGCCCACUUCGCCGCCAACUGCUCGAUCCUCUUGGCCGGCGCCAACAAGCUCCUCCUCGGAAUGAACCCCCGCACCGGCAAAGCCGACCACAUGCUCAACAUCGUCCGCUUCGUCACCUACAGCUCCUACCUCCCGGAAAACGCCCUCGUCGCGAUCCGCAUCCUCACGGCCAUCAUGCGCCAGCCGAACGUCAACCAACAAAUCCUCGGCCUGCUCACCCAAAACGAACGCAUCCGCAACGAAAUCCGCCAAGGUUUCGUCGAAUGCCUGGAAAGCGAAUCCGUCACAUUCGCGGCGGCGGCGGCAGCCGCCUCUCCUUCCACCGACUCCGACGACCCGGACCAGGACGCACCGGAUUUCUCGACUGGUGACGCCACGACCGCCGCCGGCGUCAGCGUGGAGCUCCAGAUCAAGGAGGCCAUCAUCGGGCUGCUGCAGGAGUGUUUGCCUCAGCAGAGCACGCCCAAUCUGGCACACUAUCUGCUCGGGUUCGAGCUGAACAAGGAACUGCGGCUGACGAAUUUGCAACAGCCAGGGGUGAUGAACUUCCCGAGCAACUGUGCCAAGUCGCUGAUUACGCUGCUGGAUAAUGCACUGGAGACCUCAAGAUCCGGCAAGAGCUCAUCAUCCGCUCAGGAACGCCUCAUCGAGCAUGCCUACGCCCUGCUCUAUUCCCUCUGCUACAACAGCCGCACCUCGGAAGUGAUCCUGCGCUUCCUCCGAUCGUGCAACGACUUCCUCUGCAGGCACAUCAACGGCCUGCCAUUCUCGAACGUCAAGAGCCCCCACGUACUAAACCAGAUGACCGGCCUGCUCAAGUGCGUCGCCAUCGAGCUGAAACUAACCUCGGACAAAAACCAGGUGUCCCAGUUCGGAAACGUGUGCAAGAUCCUACUCGGAGUGGUCCAAAACCAGCCGAGCGAGACGCUUCCACUGGAGCUAUCCCAUCACUACAGCACCGUCAACUCCAGCAUGAUGAUGAGUUCCGUCGCCGCCGGGAUGGAACACGGGGCGGCGACAACGACCGUUUCCCGGAAGGCACCGGAAUCGGCCAAACUGCUGCUGUGUCAGUUGCUGGAUUGCCUGAACUUCGAGAUCAAAUCGCUGGACAAACCGAAGUGGGACUACUUCGAUAAUUCGUUGCUGCAGGGAUUGUUGCAGGAGUGCGAGAUUGCGGUACCUGGGGGUAGCGGCGGGUCAGGACUGAAGCUGAUCGAUAUUAAGCGGCUGCACGAUGUGCUCAAGGACGAGCUGAACUCGGUGCAGACGACGAUUGCGGCCGGCCAGAGGGCGCAUAUUUUGGCGGAGAUUGAGACAAUUCUGGUGUAUGCGUUGCAGUUGAACAGUCAGCGGAAUCUGUGUGCGUCGACGGUCAAGUUCCUGGAGGCGUGGGGACAGACCACGGAGGUGUUGUUCAGCGUGACGCCCACUAUGUUCGUUUCGUUGGACGUGAAGCAGGGCCUGCUGGUGGAGAUCAUCCAAGCGAUGCUGAGCAAGGUUGUUCCGAAUCAGGUUAUGCCGGAACUGGCCAAUUUGGCUUCGUCGACGAUUCUGCUGUUGAUGGUGAACCUGAGACAUUGCUAUUCGCUGAAGAACGGAGGAGAUGCGGCGGGAGCAGGCAGCGGAAUGAACGAGAGCAGUCUGAUGACGUCGUUUGGAGGAAGUUUCGCGCAGAAUGGAGUUGGUCAAGGGGCGGGGCGGUUUUCGCCGAAGGCGAAUACGCUGAGCUUGAGGUACAUCUUGCACAACAUUUUGGAGUGGAUCCUGAUCAGCGGCGUGGGAUCCCAGAAGUUAAGAAUCAAUCUGUACGCGGCCCUACUGAACUAUAUGCACAUUGUGAAGGGAAACCGGGACAAGAGCGAACAGAAGCUCGACGCGGUUCGGGACGAGUUCUACGUUUCGCGGCUGGACAAGAGCUUGAGCGCUGGUGCAAAGUCCCAUGAAGUGGGAGGCGAUGAGUCGCAUGCCCAGAUCGAGAUGGUGGUGGAGAUCGUGCAGUCGUUCGGGGACAAGUUGAUCGACAUUCUGUGCCAUGAUUGUACCGGCGGGUUGGACAUUUGCAAGAUGUUGGCGUUGUCUUGUGUUGAUAUGCUGCUGGAUAUGGUCUCGAUGGCUAAUGUGAUCCAGUUUAUUUCAAAGCGGGGGUACUUGUCGCACUUGAUCGAUAGUCUGUUGAAAAACGAUGGUAAGCUGUGUCGGAUUCUGGACAAUCAACCGGAGAACAUGAAGGCCUUAUAUGUCUAUGAGUCGAAAAUGGCUAUGCUGAGUCGCAUUGGUAGUUCGCACAUCGGAGCAGAACUUCUGCUGGAAGAGAGGGCUCUCAGCGUUCUGGCUGGUAUGAAGGUCUUCGAUCUACACCCGGACUUCCAGGUCCAGAACUACUCUCCACUGUAUCCAACGUCGUCCAGCUUCAUCCCCCCGAUCGAGGCUCGUUAUCAACAGAUCCUUUUCCCGGCAUUGAACCUCUGCGACGUGAUCUUGUCCACAUUGGGUCAGGAGAACCACUCGGCCGUGACUCAGGUCAUCAACUUCCUACUGUCGCAUGGAGACAUGAUCGAGAUCGUUCUGCGCGCCGGCACUCCGUUCCUGAACAUUGGACUUCUCCGGGAACUUGCCGGAAUCACCGGACUGAUCGCUCGUGCCGCCAAUCAGGAAAUAUCCAGCCUGAUCACUCCGAACGCCAACCAAGAUCUCGGCGCACAUCUCUACCGUCUACAACGAUUGAUGUUGACCCUUUUCCCACGGUUUACCCUCUCGGAGCAAACCCUGAAAGAACUGAACCAGAACGUCCUCACCAACUGCAGCGAGCGUGAGAAAGCCGCCCAUCUGAAGUACUUCCUGCAGAUCGCGGCCAACUUGGCCCUGUACGCCCGGAACAGCAUCUCCAAUCACGCCGUCGAUCACCGCACGAUCAACGUCCUGUUCUCGCCGCAGAUCAGCGAAAGCGGCGUCCACCAUCGGCAGCAGGUCACCGGGGCCGCUCUGGAGACGAGCCACAGCUUGAACAUCGUGGUGAUCCAGCUCAAGAACUCCGUGGAGUACUUCAACCGGGAGAAGCUAUCGUACGAGAGCUUGGUCCGGCAGCGGAACUCGCUUCCGAGUCUCAGUCUCGAUGCUAACGUUCAAAUCCAACACAACAACCUCACGGAGCGGAUAGCCAGCAAACAGGAGGAGCUGAAGCGUUGCGUCUUCAUAACCGAACACUGCCUGUACCUUCUCUGGGCCCACUUGGACUUCUUCAUGUUGCGCGCGAUCCCGGUCAAUACGUUACACUUCAACCUGUCCUACGGUUCGGAUAACUACCUCUCGUCCCAGACGGAAGUCGGCUGGAAGAUCACCGCCGACGACGUGGCGGCCCUCAAGAAGACCCUGAUCGGCAUCUUCAAUGAAACGUUCUGCAAGCAGCUGCUGGUCACCGGUCAGGGACAUGGGGGAUCGUCGGAUGCCCGCGCCUCAGACAAGGGCUUCAUCGAGGCACUGCUCCGGCGAAUCAAGCGACUGAUUCAGUUCGUGCCGGUCAAGUGAGAACGAUCGUGUCCCGGAUCAUCGUUGGUAGAAGUUAAAUAAUUUCCUACUUAUUUUUGUUCAAUUAUUCGUUUCAAAACUGCCGUAACAUAAGCGUUAUGUAACGUAGCGUUGCGUUACACUAGCGCAGCAACUGUCGCUGCUGCUGCUUUAACUACUACACUAUUGAUGUAACUAUCUUUGACCGAUUAUAGUGUGUCGCAAUCGAAAA